AUGGCUGACGUUGAGGACGCCGGUUCCUCUGUCUCGGAGCCCUUAGAUCUCGUCCGUCUGUCGCUCGACGAGGUCGUUUUCGUGAAGCUACGUGGGGAUCGCGAACUGAAGGGCCGGUUACAUGCCUACGACAGUCACUGCAACCUGGUGCUAGGGGAGGUCGAAGAGACCGUCUACGUGGUGGAAGAGGAUGAAUCCGGGGAAGAAACAAUCAAGACCAUCAGGAAGCAGGAAGAGAUGCUUUUCGUACGAGGUGACUCGGUCGUGUUGAUCUCCCCUCAAGCGUAA